CCUGGCGGCGGGGACACGGGAUGGGGCGGGACCUGACUCUGUCUCGGAAGCUCUCGUACUUCAACGGUCGGUUCCGGAGGCUGUGCCGCCGACUGCCCGACUGCCCGGAGCGGCGGAGCCAAGCGCUGGAGCCGCUGAUCCGCUGCUGCGGUGCGGCCGAGCGGCCCCCGGGGCCGGACAGGGGGCGCCGGGGCUGGAGCCGCGGGGCCUGGGCACUGACCGCGGCCCUCACCGCCCUCUGCUCACUGCUGCUCGGCCUCUCGCACUGUCCGCUCCUCCGCUUCUGCGGCCGCGCUCUCCUCAUCCAGGUGCUGCCGUACUGGGACUGGACGCUUUACCACAACAUGGACUGUCUGAUCGGGAACCCCUAUUACUCGCAGGCGGGAGCCGAGUCCAUGCAGCCAGUGGACUGCGUGAGAGCGUGCCAAGCCUACCAGGUGGUGGAAAGGCUGCAGAACGCUGACGCAGUCGACGUCCUUCAGAAUUACCUGCGACAGAACCGGCCGCUGGUGAUUGUGGACGGGAUGACGGGCUGGGCAGCGCGCAGCGACUUCAGUGUGGAGAGCCUAACGCAGCUGUACAGUGAGCACCUGGUGCUGCAGAGCUCCACUGUGUGCAGUUACUGGGCCUCGGAGAACUCCCCCGAGCACAGCCCUGCCUCCUUCCUGCAACACGUCCACCGGCAGACCCUCACCCAAUGGACGCUUCAGUGGAAGAACUGUAACAAAGCGGCUGCCAAGGUGAUCCGCACCUUUUACCAACGACCAUAUUUCCUGCCUCCCAUGGUGGAGCUGGCCGAGUCUAACUGGCUGCUGAUGGCUUCGCGGGCAGAGGGCAGUGGGAUGGAAGGCGGGUUUGUGAAGGUUGAUGAUCAUGACGGAGACUUGCUGCUGUGGAUCGCUCAGGUCCAGGGGGUCUUUGAGGUUCAGCUCUUGCCCAGGGACGCCUGCGCAGACACCUGUGCCCAUCACGCCUUACAGCUCUCACCUGGAGAGACAGUCUCCGUGCCUCUUCAGAUGUGGGAGGUUCAGUAUCGACCGAUUACCUCCACUGCCAUUGGACUCGCUGCAACCGGUAACUGGCUCCAGGACCCCAGCUAAGUGGCCGGGUCAGAGCGGGACCUGUGUUGGGAAGGAACCAGUGUGGUGCUGUUCAUGGUUGAACCGCUGUCUCUGUUUGGUGGAAGCUUUCAGAAUACAGCAGGGAUGGAUAGAGUGGAUUGGGGGUUACGUUCAGAGGAUGUGUGGGUUGCCCGGAGGUGGAUGGGUUUGGACACCUGUCUGAUGGACACUGCCCGAGGCCGAGGCGAAUACAGCAGCUGCCGCAAACUGUCACCAUUUGACACUGGAUCAGCUCGCUGUAACUUCCGAUCAGAAUAAAGUGGUUGCAGCCGAUUGGUGAAAAUUCAUCCGCAAAUUGCUACAUGGAUGACGGAUGUCAACGCGUGUUGCGGGGCCCUGGCUCAUGGGAGGAGGAGCUGGACACUGGCGGGUGGGGUGGGUGAGGGCAUUUAUCUUUUAACGUAUAUGAGAAGAACAGUAUGUAAUAGCGUCUCUAUCAGUGUCCUUCUCUCACUUUGGAUAUUCCACGGUUGCAGAGCUUCCAUUACUCCAGUCACUUCCUCUCUCUUGUCUUGUGGACCGUGCUCUCGGCCGCCUGUCGCCUCCCUGGCCCUCGGCUCGGGUGCAAACCCUGGACUGUCCAGGGCCUUGGCACGACCUCCCGACGCGAACGAUGCUGUAUAAAUGUAAAUUUAUAUUGUGUUGCUCGCUCGCUGUGCUGUCCCCCCUAUUGCUGCGGGAUGUCUGUAGCCGCAAAACUUCAUUUCGAACACAAGGCGGCAGCAGUUCCACUGUAAUUGAAUCGAUCCAGAAUUAUCCAGUCAAAGAAACUGAGGGAUUUGGUCCUGUUUCACCAUAAACAGAGAGACUUCAUUGUGUUACAGUCACUCCAUUGCGCGCUGGGGCUCUCGGUAGAGAUCCUGCUGAAUUGGCCUGAAAUCUGUGACGGGGCACAAGGUUGCGAUGCUAUUUUCUAACAGUUCCCCCAAAUAAAAUUGGUUAUUCACUUC